CUUGUAACAACUCUCUAAUCAAGCAUGCACACAAGCCCCAUUUUUGACAGUUCAGUGGCUCCACCAUUUGAUUACUCACUGUCUUUAUACACUAAUAAUAACAGUAUAUAAAGUGGUGUUGUUCAUGUAAUUUGCAUUUUUUUUCAGUACUCACAUAAACAAAAAAAUAAAAACAAGACAGCCUCUUUUCUCUCUCUUGAAAGCACAAAUCCCAAAUAAAGAUUACUGUUUUUGUUCUUGUUCUUGUUCAUCCAUUUUGUUGUUAAAAAUCCAAUCUUUUUAGUGUUUCUUGAAGUGGGUUGUACUUAUAUUUGUAUAAUUUGUAGAAUUUCAUACAUAUUUUAGCUUUUUUCAAGAACCUGUUUUUUUUUUAUGGGAUGUCUGGCAUGAAGUUGUUGACUGUUGUUUUGGUGGUGGCUGCCGCCGCCGCCUCUUUGGUGGAUGCCGGAGCUGAGAAAUUGCCGGCGGGGGUGCUUAGUUUGGAGAGGAUUUUUCCGGUGAAUGGGAAAGUGGAGCUGGAGGAACUUAGAGCUAGGGAUAAAGCUAGACAUGCUCGAAUGUUGCAGAGUUUUGGUGGUGGUAUUGUUGAUUUUCCUGUUGUCGGUUCCUCUGACCCUUAUCUUGUCGGCCUUUAUUUUACAAAAGUGAGACUGGGAACUCCGCCAAGAGAAUAUAAUGUGCAGAUUGAUACUGGCAGUGAUAUCCUGUGGGUCACCUGCAGUUCCUGUGACGAUUGUCCUCGAACAAGUGGACUUGGGGUUGAACUCAACUUCUAUGAUGCUACAGUCUCAUCAACUGCUUCUCCCAUUUCUUGUGGGGACCAAGUGUGCGCCUCUAUAGUUCAAACUACCUCUGCUGAGUGCUCUACAGAAACCAAUCAGUGUGGUUACACCUUUCAGUAUGGAGAUGGGAGUGGCACCACUGGUCAUUACGUAGCCGAUUUAUUAUAUUUCGAUACAGUCCUGGGAACCUCGUUGAUUGCCAACUCUUCAGCACCAAUUGUUUUUGGGUGCAGCACCUCUCAGUCUGGGGACUUGACCAAGACGGACAGAGCAAUUGAUGGGAUUUUUGGGUUUGGUCAACAGGGACUUUCAGUAAUAUCUCAAUUGUCUUCUCGUGGGAUUACUCCUAAAGUAUUUUCACAUUGCUUGAAAGGAGAGGGAAAUGGUGGAGGUAUACUAGUCCUUGGUGAGAUUUUGGAUCCGAGAAUCGUAUAUAGUCCCCUUGUUCCGUCACAAGCGCAUUACAAUGUAUAUCUGCAGAGCAUUGCUGUUAAUGGACAGUUGGUGCCUGUUGAUCCAUCAGUGUUUGCAACAUCUGGCAAUCGAGGAACUAUUGUGGAUUCUGGUACAACUUUGUCUUAUAUUGCCGCAGAAGCUUAUGAUCCCUUUGUCAGUGCUAUAACUGCUGCUGUUUCACAAUCAACUAGGCCAAUCAUCUCACGAACAAAACCGUGCUUUCUAGUGUCCUCAAGCAUAGCUGAGAUAUUUCCCCCAGUUUCUUUGAACUUCGAUGGUGGCGCAUCAAUGGCUUUAAGACCAGCAGACUACCUUGUGCAUAUGGGCUUUGUUGAAGGCGCUGCUAUGUGGUGCAUAGGCUUUGAAAAACAAGAUCAAGGUGUAACAAUUUUAGGAGAUCUUGUUCUGAAAGACAAAAUCAUUGUGUAUGACUUGGCUCGGCAAAGGAUUGGGUGGACAGAUUAUGAUUGUUCCUCAUCUGUGAAUGUGUCCAUAACCUCUGGCAAGGGUGAAUUUAUCAACGCUGGACAGUUGAGCAUGAACGGUGCAUCAGGCUGUGCAAUGUUCAGUCUGCAGCACACGAGAGCUAGUGCUCUUCUGCUAUUAGUGGUGCUUAUGAUUGGUUCCUCAUUUUUAACUUAAUUCAGUUUUGACCACCUUUGGUAAUUUAUUAGUUUGCCAACUAAUAUUACUGUAGUUGGCUAGGAAUUGUGUCGUUACUAAAUUCCUCCCUGAGCUUAUUCCUGUCUCAUUGAGGCCUCUACCUUCAUUCUGACCUCAAAAGAUUCGUCCUUUAGAUGUUGUCUCUGUCCUGACUUGCACAUGCAUAGAAGAAGAGGCCUCUACGUUCGUUCUGACCUCAAAAAGAUUUUUCCUUUAGAUGUCUCUAUUGUGACUUGCCAUGUAAAUAACCUCUUAGUGAAGGAUGGUAAAGUGAAGAUGCGUGACUAGAGGCGAGACGAGAGCAAUUUGUGCUUUUUGCUUCAUAUUGGUCAAGCUGUUGUAGAAGUAAUAUUUUUUUCUUUCAAGGCCUGGACUUCUUGUCAAACACUGGUUUCUCUGUAUGCACAUUGCAUCAUUGUAAAAGCAAUUUGCUGUUGUAAGUAAGCAUUGCUGCUUGUUAAAAUUUUCAGUUCUUAUUUGUCUUAUUGGCAGUGUAACACAUUUUAGAAUGUUUCAGUAUAAUGGAAAUUGUUGAGUACUA